AUGGUAGCCAUGAUCGUCGCGCUGGGGUUCUACCUUAGCACGGCCCUCGUCGGCAUUGUCCGGCGCGCCACGGCCUGGCUGCCGGACAACAUGAACGCGUCCAGGCUGGAGAACCUUUACUGGCUGCUCGCCGUCCUGGUGUCUCUCAACUUCGGCUACUACAUGUUGUGUGCCAGGUUGUACAAGUACCAGAAUAUCGGCAAGUAA